UCGUCAGUGAUGGCAAUCCAUCGCCGUCCUGACUCAUCGAUCGGAGGAGAAGCCAUCUCGUUGAUACCAUCAUAUCGCACAACAAGGCCAACGUGCCCUCUCGGUGAAGAUGGCGCCUAGCUUGUUUGAGAAAGCGAAAUUCAAGGCCAGAAGGUUGUUGCAGGCCGCUCCCCAAGAAUCCGCCUCGGCUCCUUCACCACAAACACCUUCGCCAACACCAUCUCGGCCUGCAUCCCAACCAACCACUCGACCGACAUCUCAGCUAACGCCUUCUCCACCUACCUCGACGGAUUCCGACACCUCGCCGCUGCCGACUCUACAAGAGCGACUUUGGAACCAGGCCUACGACGGGCUCAAAGCGAGCGAGCCCAAACUGGUCGAAGCGUACGAGAAGAUCCUAUCAAUUGAACUUCACCGAAACGACCCGAGUUCUAUUGCCUCCGAACCGACAGAAAAUAAAAUAGCAAGGGCUCGGGGCACAAGAUGUCGCCAAAUGCAGCAGUUGGUCCAGGAAGGACUGGACCGGACGCAGAAGCAAGCAUCCAUCAAGCGAGGCAUCGACGAAGCCUUGCAAGCGGUGCAAGCGGUGAGGGGAAUAGUGGACAAGGCGAUACAUGCCGCUCCCGAAGCCGCCGUCGCCUGGGUCGGCGUCUGCCUCGGACUGGAGAUCCUUUCGAACCCCGUCACCGAGGCCCGCGACAAUCGCAAAGGCAUCGCCUACGUCCUGUCGAGAAUGGAGUGGUACUGGAACUUGGUGUCCCUGCUUCUCGACGAGAACAAGGCCGAGCAAUCUUCCGCGGGACUGCGAGUCCAACUGGAGAAGCACGUCAUGCAGCUCUACGAGAAACUUCUGUCGUAUCAGAUGAAGAGUGUCUGCCUUUAUCACCGUAACUGGGCUGCCGUCCUCGGAAGGGAUAUGGUCAAAAUCGAUGACUGGGCUGGCCAGCUCAGCGAGAUCCAGGAAGCCGAGGCUGACGUGCAAAGAGACAUGGAACAAUACAAUACUGAAGACAGCAAGACGCAACUUCGGAGACUCACCGACGCCGCAACCGCCCUUGAGAUGAAUCUCCAAGACAUCCAUUCAGCCAUCCAGGACCAAACACGGCAGCAGGAGAAGAGACACCAAGACGAUGCGGACAAGCAAUGCCUGAAAGACCUGCGCGAGAGUGACCCUCGCGACGACAAGACGCGCAUCCAAGAUACAAAGGGCGGCCUACUCAGGGACUCUUACCGCUGGAUCCUCGACCACGACGACUUCCGGCGAUGGCGUGACGAUCCGCAGAGCCAGCUGCUCUGGAUCAAAGGCGACCCUGGCAAGGGCAAGACGAUGCUGCUAUGCGGCAUCAUCGACGAGCUAGAGAAGGAACCCGACAAUCGCCUGUCCUAUUUCUUCUGCCAGGCCACCGAGGCACGACUGAGUAAUGCGACGGCCGUGCUGCGCGGUCUGAUCUACCUUAUCGUCGACCAACAGCCGUCGCUCAUCUCGCAUGUUCGGAAGAAGCACAACCAUGCGGGUAAGCAGCUUUUUGAGGACGGGAAUGCCUGGGAAGCCUUAUCCAAGAUCCUUGCGGCCAUGCUCAAUGACCCGAGCUUGGAUGGUGCGAUCCUGAUUGUUGAUGCCCUCGACGAAUGCAAAGCGAAUCGACUUCAGCUUCUCGACUUGAUUGCCAAGCCUUCUCGCGUCAAGUGGAUCGUGUCUAGUCGCAACUGGCAGGAAAUUGAGGAGAAACUAGACAAUAAAAAGCAGAAAGUCAGGCUGCACCUCGAGUUGAACAAGGACUCAAUCUCCAAGGCUGUUGACACGUACAUUGGAUAUAAGGUGGAUCGAUUGGCAUGCCAUAAGAAAUACGACAAGGAAACAAGGGAUGCUGUCGAGAACCACUUAACCUCUAAUGCUGAUGGCACGUUUCUCUGGGUGGCCUUGGUCUGUCAAGAGCUCGCAGGUCCCCAGGUCCGAAAACGGCAUACGCUCAACACGUUGAAGUCAUUCCCUCCGGGGCUUGAUUCGCUCUAUGACCGAAUGAUAGGGCAUAUCGGUGAUUCGAAUGAUGCGGGCCUUUGCAGGGAAGUCCUGGCCAUCGCUUCGGUCGUAUACCGACCUAUCACCUUGGACGAGUUGAAGGUUCUUGUUGAGUCGCUUGAGGAUCUCGACCAGGACGACUUGGAAGAAAUCAUCAGAUCCUGCGGUUCUUUCCUGACUCUUCGAGAAGGUGUCAUCUACUUUGUGCAUCAAUCAGCCAAGGAUUUCCUGCUUAACAAGGCAUCCGACCAAAUCCUACCCUCUGGCGCCGCGCACCAGCACCAUGCCAUCUUCUCGAGGUCGCUGGAGGCUCUCUCGGAGACUCUCGAACGUGACGUUUACGAACUGGGCGUCCCAGGAUUUCCCAUCGAUCAGGUCUCGCCGCCCGACCCUGACCCAUUGGCUUCGAUACGAUAUUCCUGCGUCUUCUGGGUAGACCAUCUCGAUGACUCGGAACCCUGGGCGAAGAUGAGUGACAAGGACCUACAGGACGCGGGGAUCGUCGAUGACUUCCUUCGAAAGAAAUAUCUGUAUUGGUUAGAAUCUCUGAGUCUGUUACGCAGCAUGUCGGAGGGGGUCAUGGCAGUGCAGAAGCUCGAAGCUUUAGUAAAAACCAAGGAAGCGCGACAACUAACGGAACUACUUCGAGACGCGCGCCGCUUUAUUCUUUCUCACAAGCGGGCCAUCGAGAUUGCUCCAUUACAGGCCUAUGCAUCAGCACUCAUGUUUAGUCCCACCCGCAGCCUAAUCAGAGAGCUCUUCGAAAAAGAAGAGCCGGACUGGAUCACGCUCAGGCCGAGCGUGGAAUCAGACUGGAAUGCAUGCCUGCAGACGCUCGAGGGCCAUGGCGAUUCGGUCAGCUCGGUGGCCUUCUCGGCAGAUGGCCAGCGGCUCGCCUCGGGCUCGGACGAUAAGACGGUCAAGGUCUGGGAUGCGGCAACGGGCGCGUGCGUGCAGACACUCGAGGGUCAUGGCGAUUGGGUGAACUCGUUGGCCUUCUCGGCGGAUGGCCAGCGGCUCGCCUCGGGCUCGCACGAUAACACGAUCAGGGUCUGGGAUGCGGCAACGGGCGCGUGCGUGCAGACACUCGAGGGCCAUAGCCUUCCGGUAAGGUCGGUCGCGUUCUCGGCGGAUGGCCAGCGGCUCGCCUCAGGCUCGCACGAUAAGACGGUCAAGGUCUGGGAUGCGGCAACGGGCGUGUGCGUGCAGACACUCGAGAGCCAUGGCGAUUCGGUUGCCUCGGUGGCCUUCUCGGCGGAUGGCCAGCGGCUCGCCUCGGGCUCGUACGAUAAGACAGUCAGGGUCUGGGAUGCAGCAACGGGCGUGUGCGUGCAGACACUCGAGAGCCAUGGCGGUUCGGUGGCCUCGGUGGCCUUCUCGGCGGAUGGCCAGCGGCUCGCCUCGGGCUCGCACGAUAACACGAUCAGGGUCUGGGAUGCGGCGACGGGCGCGUGCGUGCAGACGCUUGAGGGCCAUGGCAAUUGGGUGACCUCGGUGGCCUUCUCGGCGGAUGGCCAGCGGCUCGCCUCGGGCUCGGGGGAUAAGACGGUCGAGGUCUGGGAUGCAGCAACGGGCGCGUGCGUGCAGACACUCGAGGGCCAUAGCAGUUGGAUGACCUCGGUGGCCUUCUCAGCGGAUGGCCAGCGGCUCGCCUCGGGCUCGCACGAUAAGACGGUCAAGGUCUGGGAUGUGGCAACGGGCGCGUGCGUGCAGACGCUCGAGAUUGACCGGGUGAUUACCCACCUUUCAUUUGAUCCGAUGACAACCUCUGUCCUCUCUACCAACAUGGGACUUCUGAACCUGGAUCUCCCGGCUCUACAACCUGCCAUCGAUAAUCGGUCGACUGACGCAGCCUUACGGGGUGUUCGCCACUUUGGCUGGGGUAUAAGCACUGACUGUGUAUGGAUUGUAAAAGAUGGAAAGGGGAUGUUUUGGCUACCUCCGGAGUAUCGAGUGAUGGAAUCGGCUGUGGUGGGAUCAACGGUCGCUAUCGGCGGUCGUUCAGGUCGUGUACUGGUGAUGAAGUUAUCUUAGAGCGGAGGCAGGCAUAAUUACCUCUUUGGUUACAAGCGGCCCUUUUCCGGUUGUCAGUAGCGACCUACGUAGUUGGUUAUGUUUGAUUUGGAAGCAGGAAGCCCGGCUAGCAACUACUUCCUACCUUAGCCAGCCAGCCCUGUAUUCACUGAGCUUCGAAUGUGCUAUAGGAAAAGGCAAA